GAAGACAAUCGGAAGCCCAAACAUUCUAGGGAUGCAAACAGACCUGCCAAGGGCGCAAAAGAACAGCGAGAUGCAUCCACGGUUCGCCGCCUCAAGAUGUACAGCAAGACUGCCAAGCGUGACAAGAAGGGAAAGAUUUUGCACCAGGAGUUUCAAUCAAAGGUGCUGCCUCAAACAAGGAUCCAGCCAGACCGCCGCUGGUUUGGCAACACCCGCGUCAUCGGCCAGAAACAGCUGGAGCAGUUCCGCGAUGAAAUGAGCGCCAAGGUGAAUGACUCAUACACCGUGCUCCUGCGCGAGAAGAAGCUUCCGCUGGCUCUGCUGGAGGAUCCUGAGGCGGCUGCAAAGACCGGCCGCAAGGCGGCGCGCGCGAGCCUCACAGCCGCGCACCCAUUCGCGACCACCUUUGGCGCCAAGCAGACGCGCAAGCGGCCCAAGCUGGCAGCCGAGACAUACGGCGACCUCGUUGGCAGCGCAGCCCAGACCAGCGCCAAAUAUGAUGAGAAGGUGGAGGGCGAGGCAGAGGGGGAGUUUGAGGGGACCAGGAUAGCCGCCAGGGAGAAGCUGUUUGACAAGGGGCAGUCCAAGCGCAUCUGGGGCGAGCUCUACAAGGUCAUCGACUCUUCCGACGUCGUCGUGCUUGAUGCUCGGGACCCGCUGGGCACGCGCUGCACAUAUCUGGAGCAGCACCUGAAGAAGAACGCGCGGCACAAGCACAUGCUGCUGUUGCUCAAUAAGUGCGACCUGGUGCCGGCAUGGGUGACGAAGCGAUGGUUGAAGCAUCUCAGUGCAGACUUCCCCACGCUGGCUUUCCACGCCAGCAUCACCAACCCCUUUGGCAAGGGCAGCUUGCUAAGCCUGCUGCGCCAGCUGUCGCGCCUGCGGUCCGACAAGAAGUUCAUCUCUGUCGGCUUUGUGGGCUACCCCAACGUUGGCAAAUCCUCUGUCAUCAACACCCUCCGCACCAAGAAGGUGUGCAAGGUGGCACCGGUGCCAGGUGAGACAAAGGUGUGGCAGUACAUCACACUGAUGAAGCGCAUCUUCCUCAUCGACUGCCCCGGAGUCGUCUACAACAAGACAGACGACUCCGAGACGGACGCUGUUCUCAAGGGCGUAGUGCGCGUGGAGAACCUGGCUGAUGCCACGGAACACAUCAAAGCAGUCAUUGACCGGAUCAAACCCGAGUAUCUGCGGCGGGCGUACAAGGUGCGCACCUGGACGGACGCGGAGGACUUUUUGACCAAGCUGGCGCAGGCGAGCGGCAAACUCAUGCGCGGCGGCGAGCCCGACCUCAACACCGCCGCCAAGAUGGUGCUCUACGACUGGCAGCGCGGCAAGAUCCCCUUCUUCCGGCUGCCGCCCGAC